AUGGAGAUAUUCAGAGCUCUUCCAGAGGAAUUGGUAGAGGAGGAGAUACUGACUCAAGUCCCGGCCACGUAUCUGAAAGGAUUGGGAUCUACUUGUAAACGAUGGAACCGUUUGUUUACCGGUGACCGGAGAUUCGCAAGGAACCACACCGACAAAGCCGCGAAGCAGUUUCUGGGUCUCAUGUUGACGAAUGGCUUCAGGAUUUGUCCGAUAAUCGAUGGCGACGGACAGUUUUCAUGUUUAGAGCUAAGAACAGAGCUUAGCAUAGACGAUCCGUAUCCUAAGUAUCCUGGAGCUCAAUUCGAUGUAGGCGCAGUCUUUCACUGUGACGGCUUCUUGUUAUGCACCAACAAAGACCGAUCAAGAUUCGUGGUUUGGAACCCUUUUACUGGUUUCACCAGGUGGGUCCAACCCAGCUGUGGUGGCACGAGAGGCAGCGGCUUUGCCCUCGGAUACUACGGCGAGAACAAGAGCUACAAAGUCUUGAGCUAUCGUCAUAGAAAGAAUGAUUUUGAAAUCUACGAGUUCAGCUCUGACACGUGGAGGGUUGUUGGUGAUGAUGCCAUGCCUCCAGGCUGGAGUAUUGGAUACUCGGCUGCAAACGUGUCUUUGAAGGGAAGUUGUUACUGGUUCGCUUCCGGUGUAGACGAGACAAAGACGCAUUCCUUCCUGUCCUUGCUCAGGUUUGAUUUCUCAACGGAGAAAUGUGUGCCUGUGCCUCUUCCCUAUGAGUGUAGAGACGUUCCUCAAGCUGCAUGUGUUUCCGUUGUUAAAGACGAGAAGCUCUCGGUCUUGUUACAGCGCGAAAGAACAUCCAAGACUGAGAUAUGGGUGUCAAAUAAGAUUGAUGAGAAUGGGACCACCCAGGUGGUGUCGUGGAGCAAGGUCUUAUCAUUGGACCUGAGCCCUGAUCUUCAACUUUGUGAGAUGGCAUCGUUCUUGCUCGACGAGGAGAAGAAGGUCGUCGUGAUUUAUGUGAGUUGGAUGGACGAGGAAGACGACCCCGACUUCAAGAGCAAAGAGUUGAUAUACAUUGUUGAGGAGGACAGUGACGUCACAACAUUGGAUUUUGGAAGCGAUGAUCAUCCUGGAGCUUUGGUAGGUGUCCUAAAUUAUGUUCCGAGUUUGGCUCAAAUGGAGCAAGCUGGAGGCAAAAGGAAAAGAGCUGACUUCCGAGUUUAG